UUCGAGUUGGCGCAUGCGUACAACAGACCUGGAAGAAAGAUGGCGGACCGGGGGUGAAAGAGACAAGUCGUCGCCGAUUCUCCCACAAACAAACGAGUUUUUCUACCGGAUUUGGAAACCUGUACACCACCAGACGACAUGGAAGAGAUAGAUCAAAACAUCGACCCAGAACUGGAGGUCAAAAAACUCCAGGAUCUGGUGAAGAAGUUGGAAAAACAGAACGAACAGUUGCGGAACGCCCGUCGGUCGGGACAGUCCAUAACGGACUCGCCAACGAAGCAACGCAAGAUGAUGACUUCAACUCAGCAGAAGAACAGGGAGCAAGAACUCAACAAAAAACUGGCCAACAUGUCUCUAGACGAAGUGGAUUUAGUGAAAAUCAUGAGCGACGACGAAGAUGACGAAGAAAAGGAAGAUAGCUGGUUGUACGUGUCUCCUGCCCGCUCCGCCACCCCUACCCACAAGAACACCAGCCCCUACAAGUGGGUCCGCCAGGACUUCGAGAAGUCCAGCCCAGAAGUCGACUCCACAAGACAGAGUCUCUUAUUGAAACUAGACGAAUGUUCCAGAGGUUAUUCCUCUAUAUAUAGUCCCAAUGUAUCGAGAGAGUCAAAUGAUCACAUAGCUAGUUUAAGCCCCAUUGAGGAGGCAAGGCCCCCUAGCCCCACGAUACCCCAGAUCAAGCAGCAGCUGAGAGAUAUACGUACAAUCACUGCUUCCAAAUGGUCGUCUGCCAGCUCCCCCUCCAGGUCAGGCACCCUCACACCCAGCACUCCUCUGGACGAGGCGUUCCUGAGACGGAAGGAGAGCGAUGACGCAGACGAUGAAGACGAGGACAGCUACAAACUACAGGACAUGACAGACGUACAGGUCAUGGCCAGGAUUCAGGAGGAAACUUUGAGAAAGAGCCAGACUAGCACGCCAACGACACAAACCCCGCCAGGACGCGAAAACUCGCCCAGAAACAAGUCGUCCAAUAGCAAGGAGAACGUCCCUCCCCAACAGGGGCACGGGAGGGAAACCAACAUGGAUAAAAUCCUGAAAUCCGCCCGAGCCAUCCUCGAGUUCGGACACCAAGUGGAGAUGCGAGGAGGUUCAGCGCCGGAUGUGCUAGAAAGCAAUUUUCUUGCCAACGAAACGUUCCCGUUACUGGAGGAACUGCAAGGUCACAAGAAAGACAAGUUGAAACCCUAUGCCGAGGGCACAAAGCCACUCGGCAUAGAGCUAUUCAAAGCAAAGCCUAUUGUAUCCAGCAAAGUUGCAGACCCAAAGAGUUCUACUGAGCCAAAAAUGGGACUAAAUGCAGCAAUCGCUGAAGAGAAGAGCCGCCUAGAGAAGACUGCCGGUACUGCAUAUAGAGGCCAUGACAGCAGUGACAAAGUAAGCAAGGAAAUGAUUGAAAGUAAUGCCAAAAUGGAAAAAGAAAUGGCAAGGAUGGAAGAAAUCAACAAGAAGGAAUUACCUGAUGACUUCAGUAGGAAGCAAGCAGCUAACGUGAAGCAAGACAUGGUGAGAAAGCGACUUUUUGAAGAUGAUUAUUUGGAAUGGGAAGAUAAUGAAAGGGCAGAAGAGGUCGAGAGAGCUCAGAGGAGGGCUAAAGAGCAAGAAGAGAUGUCGGAGUUAACGCUUGAGGUCGCCAGGGCUACUGAAAUGGUGCAGAAUAUGCUGAAAGCUGAGGGAAAGUACAGAGAAGCCGACGAGAAAGGCGGUGAGAAUAGGGAGAAGAUAGAUGAGAAGUUACAAGAUGAUGGAAAGGAAAAUGGGUUGAGGCUUGAGGAGGUCAUAGGUCAAGAUGCUGAAACCAAGAAGGCAGAAAUGCAAGAAGAUAGCACUGCAUGCAAAGUAGAUGAGAAGGUCGAAAGGGCGUUCCAAGAUGGAGACCAAGAACCCAAAGUGUCAGUGGUCAUUCCUGAAGCUAGAAAUAGUGAAGUCAACGAGCCAACUCAUACACAAGAAGCAAAAUUUGGUCAUGCACAGGAGAAUGGCCAAGACGUAGCGGAAACGUCCGAACAAGCUCCGAAACCAAGGAAUAAGUUCUUCUCAGGAGACCACGUACCCACUCCAGAAGAGUUAGCAAACCUUGAUGAUUCGGUACAAGCUGUACCCGAGAGGUUUCUCGCAAGGAGUCCUCGGGAAGAUGACGACAAACCCCUUCCUCAAGGCGACAAACCAGUUCCUCAAGAUGACGACUUCGUUCCUGAAGACACAAGCAAGCUACCGGAGAGUUACUUGAAGCUGAAGCAGCUUCUUGCGGAGGGAGUUGAAGUGGAGGAGAGUGAUCUGAGCUUGAUUGCAGGAGGGAACAAGUCUUCAGAAACGAAACUAAAACACGAGACUAGUGGCUCCCUCAAGAUGGCCACAUCCAAGCAGAAGAGCAUCGGUGGCAAAUCUAUGCCUGCAAGAAAGUCGCCUGCCAGCAAAGCAAUGCAGUCACAGCUAAAGAAGACAGCACUUGGAGCGAGCCAACGUUCCCUACCAGCUCCAAAGACCCAAGCAUCUCCAGAACAGAACCAGAAUGCUGCCAGAAGAGUCGGUAGUCCUGAAGAACGUUCUGAAUCAGAUGACAGCAGUCUUGGUUUCUCGCGCGAUGACCGGAGCUACCGCUCCUUGCCGAGAAUGCCGCGGCCGCGGAAGGGAUCGGGCUCCACCGACAAGCCGCUCCUGACCCAAAACCUGCUGCAGAAGCGAUUCCUGGAGUCCAACGGUUACGACGCCUCUCAACAAGAAGAGACGAUGAAGUUUCAAGCCCUUCCCGAACACAGUCAUCUGGCAAAGUGGCUGAGCACGCAGAAUGCGCCAAAGCACUUGCCUGGAAGCUUGGAUCGUAAAGGAAUGAAGGCCGCUCGUUCAAGCAAACCAGAGGACGCCCGCAGUUCGAAGUCGGACAUGUAUCCUAUGACAGCGAAACGCAGAAGUGGUCUGAAACCUCCCCGUAGCUUCGGACUGAGUCUGCACUACCCCAUGGCACAUGCUUUAAAAAGUAACGACCCAGAAGGAUGUCAUAGCCCGUCUUCGGACGUCGUUAGAGGGACUUCGCGCGAGCGGCGUACGUCAGAGCCAGAAGGGUACAAGACGCCCAGCUCGGACAACAGCGGGAGUCUCCUGCACGUGGAGGACGUGAAACUGGUGGCGCGGCUUCAGGAAGAAAGUUUACGCCAAGAGCUAUCUCCAAGAAGACUGUCGUCUCCAAGACAAAGACCAGAUACUCUACCGUACGACGACGGUGACCCGUUCCCAGAGGACGAAUACGAGUCUCCGAGAAACCUGUACUACUCCCCGCGGGACUCCCGGAGCUCCUCCCGGUCACAGUCACCUCAGCGCCACCUGGGAGACUCCCCCAGGAACCAGUCCCCGAAAGUGCAGAGAAAACAAUAUUAUACUAAUGAUGACAAUAGAAGUGGAAGUAGUAACCUUAGUGGGAGCAACAGCAGCCUCCACAGUACCCCUGUCAAUGGGGAGGGUAGAGAGAAACAACCACUAAGACGCAGUAUGCCCAACCUCUCCAAAUCCACAGUCCCAGCUACUAACCAGCAGUCAAGCCCCUCCCGGAACAGCCAGAACCAGGAGUCCAAGAUGAGGACCCCGACCUCCACUGGCAGCCCAGCAGCUCAGAGCCAGAGUGGACUCAGACAACCUCAGCUUCGUCAGUCCGGGUCAGGUAUUCCGCGAGGCACCGGCAUCCCCACACGACAAUCUCCGCAGGCCAAGAGCGGCAUCCCCAGACCGGGACAGAGAAGAGGCAUACCUGUGCCCAAAAGUGGAAUCCCGACCCCCGGGAGUGGGAUCCCCAGGGCGGGGAUGCGAGGGAUGCGUGGCGACGACAACUGGAGGGAGGGAUGUUACUGAUGACCUCACGUUUCCAUGGAUACCACAGUCUUCCAGUGUUGCAAUCAAUUCUGAACCUUCACCUUUGAACUUUGAACUGCUGGCUGGAUUCAGACCUGAUUAAAAUGGACUACUACUACUACUCCUGAUGGCUUGAAUCUUUGAAACUAUAUUAAGCUUUCAUUCCGAAUCCAUCCAGCUAAAAGAUAUAUAUUGAAAUAGCCUUUACGACGUGUUAUGAAAUAAAGUUGGGAAAACAAAGAAUAGAACUACAAAGUACAAAAGAAAAAAAACAAUCUAGGCCUUUUUUAAAGUUAUUCAAAUCAGGCCAAUACUACUCUUACAGCAACUUGAUAUUCUUGAAGAAGUAUAACUUUUAAUUCUUAUGCUGUUGUAUCUUUCUACGAGAUCAAGUUUUAAAUGCAGAAAAAAAUACAUUGCUGUUGUAAGAUGGCAGAUUCUAAACUGACUUGUAAGACCAUCUAGGAAUAAGACAGAUUUACACGUGUUUAAAGGCUUGAAAGCACAAUCAAAAUUAUCCUCCAAAUUAUCCAACAUAGCUCACUGUCCCUGACCUACAACAAAGGCUGGGGUUACAUUGCUCUCCAUUAUAUAGGCUUGCUGCAUGGCAUUUAAUGUACAUGUACGUCCGAGUUUAUAGGCUCAUGAAUGUUAAUGACGAUUAGGUCACUACACAGAAUGUGAUCUUUACUGUUGAUUUGCAUCGGUCUCAUGAAAAAGCCUGUUUUGUCCAUAUAAUGGCCAAUGUGCUGCGAACACCUUUGUGAAUAUUUCAACAAUGUGUAAGAAGAAGAACUAUUUUCACUCUCAAUAUGAUAUUCAGCAUGACCACAUUCUGAGAAAGUCAAUGCGGAAACUUAAUUGUCAGUCACAAGCAUAUGAUUGAUAGGAUUUCGGUAGUGAAACAGCGCACUUAAGUGGCCACUGUCAGUUGUACAUGCUAGAUCUUAAGGCCACUUAACUUGAUUUUAUAGACGAUAUUCUCCCGAACUGUCAACUUCAAUGUUAGAGUGCAAGAAAAUAUGGCCUGUUUUUCAGCAACCAUUUUACAGCAAGACUUUUACGACAUUUACAGAAGGAUCACAACCUUAAAUUGCGUAACUGCUAGUACUGGGUAAGGCCAAUCUCAUGUGAUUAUAUGGAUGACAUCCUAUGGGCAAUCUAAUACAUUGUACAGUAACUGCGAACCAGCAUAGAAUUAGUUAACGUUGUCUUCAUUAUGAAAGCUUAGUGGUCAGGAAGGUUAAGGAAAUGACUGACUGAACACACAGAACAUGGUAUACCAAACAAUGAAUCUUUGUUUCUUCCACAUUUUCUUUGACUUUGGAAGGCUUCAAUAUUUUUUUUUUUGCAAUCAAUAGCACAUACUAAAGAUUUUAUCAUUUGCAGCUUUUUACAAUUUUCAGUAUGAUUAAAACUAUUUUUUUGUUUGAAACAAAAAACAUUGAUGUGCACAUGGAUGUCAUCCAUAUAAUCAAGUCAGUGUGGCCUAAGUUUGGCUUUAAACAGCAACUUCUUGACUUGCAGGGUGUGAGCACAGAUCCCUGCCCAUGUGUCCAAUGGUGCGUGUUCCUUUAAAACCUUUUUCUUUCUUUCUUUUGGGAACAGGCAACAAUGCUAUGAUGGAAAUGGUAGCCAUGAAACCGAGCUUGUGUGGUCUAAUAUGUGUUCUUUGCUCUGAAUAUUGUAUGCUGUUUGAUACCUCUGAUACCAGCCUGUGAAUAUGUCAGGUCUUCACCUGUGGCUGUGAAUAUCAAUAAGCUCCUCUUUGGUUGGCUGGCUAAAAGCUGUUGGUCAAAAAUGGGUCCCAAGUGGACCAAUCAAGGCCUUUGGUACACCUGCUCUUGAGUGUGUUUUGAAACCUUAUCUGCCAUCUCCAUAUUGUAAUACUGUUGAAAAAUGAUAUUGAACAUUCUGUAAUAUAUUGUUUCACAAGUAAAAU